AUGUUUUUUCUCUACAUCUUCAGCAUACUGUCGUUAAAGUAAAUAUUGUUUGUAUUCUAAGUUUUUACAAAGGAAAUUCAUCUUGUGGUAUUUUUAAUGUAGUAACUUCACCUGAAAAUGAACAAAGAAUAUUAUUCUAAGAUCUUUCAGAUGAAAUAACUAAGGACUAUUCUUGGGGAGUUUGGACAAGAUAUUUGCCAAAAUAUGAGCCGAUUGAAGACUUGGCAUAGAAAACUAAAUUGAUGCAUGUACUAUCAGAAAGUUUCGAGGAACGAAAUAAUUUAGUUUACUUUAUAGUUUUGGAUAGAGAGGAAUUGGUUAUGUAUCAUAAUUUAUUCAUCUAUCGAAAUAAUUAUGCUGAAAUAAGAGAAUUUUAAGUUAAUCAGGAUUUAAUAUAAGAUAAUUGGGUUUUUUUCUACUUUUGCUAUUCUCAAACAUAAUAAAUAUACAGCAUAUUUUUAUAUGUCAAUGGGAAAAAAGAAAAUGUGCAAAUGAAUCAAGGAGGGCCAUUCUAAAUUGUAAAUGAAGGACUGAAAAUAUACAAAUUAGGUGGUUAUCAAAUAAUCCGUUAUUAGAAUACAGAUUUGCAGGAAUCAAUAAUUUCUUUAAGUCCUUUUUCAGGGGAAAUAUCUGAUAUGGACUUAAGAAUGGGGACAUCAUAUUUCUAUAAUGAUAUCCCAACCUUUUUAUUAAAUAUUUAUGAUGCCAAUUGUGUGAUUUUGUUGUGUAAUAAAGAAAUAUUAAAUGGUUUGAUAAUGUAAAAAUAAUAUCUGGGAGACUUCGAUAAACUUCAAUUAACUUAUAUAGAUAAAAAAUUCAUGAUUUAUGGAUGGGUAAAACUAAAUGAAUUGGAAGAGGUACAUAGUAUAAGUUAAUUAAUUAGAUGUCUACUGUGAAGUCAGUUUUAAUGAGAGCCAGUUUAAGAAAGACUUAUUUUGAUGAUCUCUAUCAAGGCGAUAAGGCUAUUUAUUGGGAGUAUUUGUAAAGCAAUUAAAAUAAUGAAUAAAACGGAUUUUCAGUAACAACUUAUCAUAAUGAUCCAACUAAACCACUUUCUUAGUAUAAGACUCUUGAUAUUGACUCUUGGGUAUUGUAAGGAUCAUAAUAUCAAUCAGCCAUUACAUUUUGGCACUGGUUUGUGUAUUAAGAAGGUGUUAAUGAUAAUAACAAUAUUAAGUUAUCAAUUUAUUUUGGUUCAAGCAAAAAGACUUAAAUUCUACAAAUGAAACAAAUUCAUUUUGAGAAAUCCUCAUUAUAUUUCACAAUAGGCGGUGAUAAGUUCAAUAAGAAUUUUAGAGGAGAAAUUCGUAAUUUAACAUUUUAUUAUUGUUACAAUUUAGAUACUCCUAAAACUAAAAGUAAAUUAUUGUAUUUAUUUGUUAGUCUGUCAUUAUAGUUGUAAAAGCUGUUUUGGACCUGAAGAAACCUAAUGUCUUGAGUGUGACGAGUCUGAUUUAUAGAAAAGAACAUUAAAUCAAGGAGCUUGUAAAUGCUAAUCUGGGUAUAUUGAUAAUAAAGAAAAAGGAUGCCAACGUAAAUUAGUUAUUUAUCGAUUAUAGCUGUAUCAUAAUUAGUUACAAUUGAAAUUCAAGAAGCAUUGGAUGUUGAUGAUUCAAAUUGUAAAUUGGGUGAAUUCUUAGUUUUACUCUUUGGGAAGGCUUAUUGUUUAGCCUGUCCGGGGUAGUACACUGCUUCUAGUUUGAAUUGUGUUGAAUGUAUAGCUGAUCCAAAACGUUGGUAUUUAAAUCCGACUUGCAAAAGUGAUUACUUUCAACCUUUAUAAGAUAAUACGGAUUAUGUUUAUUUAGAAACUUUACGUAAUGAAAUAGAUUAUUAAUACUACUUGAUUAAUCAACUGAAUUUAUAGGAAGUACCAAAAGUGGAACUUUGUUCUGGAUGUUUAGGAAAGACAACCAGUAAUUUCAAUUUCAUUGAAAAUUAUUAAUUGAACAUUCUAUCUAGAUUUGCAUGCAAGACUUGCUAUUCUGUUAUUAAUGGUGAAUGCAUCAAUGUUAAUAAGGACUGCAUUAAUUGUGAUACUUCUGCAAAUUGUUAGAAAUGCAAAACUAAUUACACAUUAUUUGAAGGAUAAUGCUAUGAAUGUCCUUAUUAUUGUCCAAAUUGCAAAAAGAAUAAAACAGGUCUAUAUUGUUUGAGUUGCAUAUCAGGUUACAAUUAUAAUUCUACUACUCUUUAAUGUUAGUAAUGUGGUUAAUUUUGUUCUGUGUGUAUAGAAAACGAGAUAUUGCCAUAUUUAUAAUGUGUUCGAUGUAUUGAUGAUAAAAAAUAUUUUAUAUCUGCAGAUAGAUAAAUGUGUCGAUUGAAAAAUUUAGAGCAUUGUGAAAUUCAAGCAGAAGAACAUAUAUAAGGAGACAACCUUAAUUUUUCAAUUCAGAAUCGGAAUAUUCCAUAUGGAUCAACAGUUGAUAUUGUGGCCAAUAUAACUACUUUAUCUACAUUCCCAGUUUGUUUGUUGUGCGAAGAUCAAUAUGUAAAUAAAUUAACUUUAUAUUCCUCAAAUGAAUGUGUUCAUGCCAGUGAUACAAGUAAAUUACCAGGAUUGAGAGAUGAGCUCAAAUAACUAGUAUUAGACUCUCAGAAUCACUCAUAUUAAUUGUCAUUUUCAAAUUGGGCUAGUUCAACCACAAAUUAUACUGUAAUUUAUGGAAAAACAACCAAACUUUGGAUUGCAAACAAUUCUAAUCCGGUCUAACAAAUCUACUACAAUUUUAGCAGUGUUGUGGUUUCAACUAAUUUUAUUAAUGAGGAUCCUUCUCUUACAUGUUCAGAUCCACAUUGUAUAGACUGUAUCAAAAACUAUAUUUGGUCUAAAGAGUUUUGUAUAAAAUGUCAAAAUGGAUAUUAUUCAAGUGCAUUCACAGGACUUUGUUACGUAUGUUCAGAAGAGUGCUAAGAGUGCCUACAUUCACAUCAAGUUUAUCAAGAUUCUUGGAAGUGGCAGAUCAUCCCAUACUAUCAAUAUCGAAGUAAUAUAUUCUUUGGGUUUCAUCACUAUAACUACUAUUGUGUUUCUACUGAUAAUGAGAUGUAUGAGCAAGUGUGUACUAAAUGCAAAGGAAAAGAUGCUUUACAUGAUGGAAAAUGCUAUAAAUAUUGUAAUUGUGAUGAAUGUAUUUUCCAAAAUGGUGAGAAUAAAUGUUUGAGAUGCAAAGACUCUAAAACUUACAUUGAUGGUCAAUGUGUGAAAUGUCCUAAUUAUUGCGAUGUUUGCAAAUAAUUAAAAAAUUCAGAAGUCAGUUAAAUCAAUCCUUACUUUGAUCCAAUUGAUUCUACCUUGUAUAGGUAUGCCAAGGCCUGCUUAAAGAAAUAGACUAGUCCACCUGAAAAGGGUUUUAUUUAUCAUGAUUCUAGUUUAGGAUUAGAAGUGAACUGCUUAAAUGAAGAAAAAUAACCAUGUUAUAAAUAUGCUGAAAAGAUAUUAAAUUUGUAUUGUAGUUAAGAAAGCUUUGAUUUGGAAUACGGAUUAAUUACAAAUGAAAAAGAUAAAUUAUUAUUUCUAGAUCAAAACAUACUUUUGAAUGAAAUCUUUUCAUAAAGCACAUCAUCUCAUUUUUCUAAUUAAGAGAAUGAUUUUCUGAUUGAACUAUUUAAUGAGAAGAGUGUAAAGCUUAUGAGAUACAUACUUAAGAUGAAACCAAACACAGGAGAUUGUAGGAUUUAAAAGAACACUUUUGUAUAUUCUAAUUUAAGGAAAAAUGUAUUUAUGCUUCAAUCAUUAGAAUUGAUUUUAGAAUCAACUUCUAACUUACCUAUCUACUUUGGGAACAAUGUAACAUUUUAAUAAUUUACAUCAAUUACUUUCAAAAAUAUACUCUUAGAUUCUCUUUCAGGAGUUGUUGGGUUAUACUUUUAAAAUAAUUAAGAUGUUGCACUCACUUUGAAUCAGCUUGUUGUAUCAAAUUGCAAUAACUUAAAAUUGUAAUUUAUAGUUGAAAAUCCUAAAUCAAUUAUUCUUACAUAAGUGACUUUGAAAAAUGCAGAACUUAUGAAUACUGAUGGCUUUAUAAAUUAUUACUUUACAAAACCAAAAUUAGAUAAUAAAUUGAUUAUUACUCUCAACAAUCUAGUUAUUCAAGACUCCAAAAUAACUAAUUCUCAUUUCCUCACUUAAUUUUUAGACACAAAUUAUGGGAAUUAAAAGCUAAUUAUUAAUGGUUUUAAGUCUUUAAAUAAUGAAGUUACCAAUUCCUAGAUGAUAUAUACAGAUUUAAAGAAUCAAAUAAGAGAAUCUGAAAUUGUCAUUUAAGAUUUCCUUUCAGAUGGAGAUAAAUUAACAAAAUCAAGUUUCUUUGUUUUACAUGGUGCUUUAAGUAUUUUAUUCAACAGAACGACCAUCCAAAAUGGAAAUUAUUAUCAAGAAGCAAUAUUAUUCAAGUUGCCUUUGUUUACAAUUCAGAAUUUCAACAUCCUAAAUAACUAUUUUCACAGUUCUGAUAAUCGCGUAUUAACCAAUAUUUUGGACUCAUUAUAUGCAGAUAACAUAAAAGAUAAUACUGUCGUAAUGGAAUCACUGUAAUUUGCAGGAAACUUUUAUGUAGGAAAUAAUGUCUUUAUGGAAUUGAUGAGUAGUGAUAACUUUAUUAAUUUGGGUGUAGAAAUUGAUCAACUAAUUCUAGCUUCAAAUUAAUUUUAAUUUUCUGGUAAAAUUAGAUCACCCAUAAUUUCAUCGAAUGCUUCGAUUUAUCUAGAUGUGAGUCAGUUAUUAUUAAAAAAUACAAAGAUCAUACGCUCCUAUACAUUACCUGAAUUCUCAAUCAAUAAUGCUGAUAUGGUCAAAGUAAUUAGUUUUUAUGUGACUUCUAAUAAGGCCUUUCUAUUCAAACCUAUCCAUUCAUAAUCAUCUUGUGUUGGUUCAAAUUUAGACUAUGGAUAUGGAACCAUUUUUCAAUUUUAUAAUAUUAAGCAAACCUAUUUCGAAUAAGCUGUGCUGUAAAAUUUAAUUUCGAUCAACUCCCCCUUCUUUAUAAUAAAGUCUUUGGAAAGGACUAAUUUUAGAAUUUAAGAAUCUAUAAGUAUAACAGAUCAUAUCUAUCUCAAUAACAGUUUAAUUACCACUAGCUAGUCUGAAUAAAUGGGAAUCUUAAGUAUCAUUUCUGAAUAGGAGCAAAGUAUUAAGAUGGAUAAAAUCACAGCGUAGAAUAAUAUGUUACAUUGCUAUGAAAAUGAUCUAUUAUCUAGAUAAACUUCGACAAUACUUGUAGUGAAUCCAUAUUCUAAUGUUAUUCUCGGGAACUCUCUUUUUUCUGAGAAUAUUGUCACUGAAAGUUUUGGUUCCAAUUUAGUGAUUAUGAGCAAAUCCUUAUUGAUAUUAAAUACCCAAUUUUAUGAUUAGAAUAUAUUGAAAUACUAAAAUCUGAGAGACAGAUUGAUUUGGGGUUAUGCAGAGGAUGAACAAAUUUACUUUGAAAACUUAAAGAAUGAAUUCCCAAUAAAAUCAAAAGGAGGAAAUGCAUUUUUAUCUGCUGAAGAAAUCUAACUAUUAAAUGUUAGUUCAAAGAAUUCUAUGGCAUUUCAGGGUGGUGCCUUCUAUUUGUUUACUGUCUCCAAUGGAGUGGUAAAUAUCAUGAAUUCUUCAUUCAUUCAAAGCUAGUCCAACUUGUUAGUUUAGGAUAAAUCUUAAGGUGGUACAUUAUAUGUAGAUGCAUCUUAAUCAACAUUAUAAUUUUUGUUGUCUAAUUGUGUAAUAUCUGGCAGUUAAAGCAGAAGAGAAGGAGGAGUACUUUUUAUUGAACCUUCCAGAGAUUCAAAUUAAAUCAUUUUAGAAUCUAAUUUUGUAACUGAGAUCUAUUCUCUCUAUUAUGCUUUUCUCAAAUUGCCAAUCUAAUUUACUAGCAAGACUCUGAUUCUAAAUAUUAAAAUUUCUAAUUUGUCUGUAACUAAUUCUUAUUCAGGAUAUUAUUAAUUUUAUGGAUAGUUACUUGAUUUAACUAAAAAUGAAAUAUAAGAUUAAGGCAGAAAUUCAUUAAUCUCAAUAGAAGGUGGUAGUAUAUACAUGGAAGAUGUCUACUUUUAUAAUAUCCACUAAUUUGGGAUCAUAAAUAUAUAGAAUUCUCAAUACAUUUCAAUGAUGAAUGUUGGUAUAUAAUAUAUCAAAUUAAUAAAUGAUAAUUUAAUUCUAAUUAACUUAAAUAAAAGUAAAUAAUAUCCUAUAUUUUAGAAUAUCAAUCUUCCUUAAAAUUUACAAAUGUCAAAUUGGAAUCUAUUAUGUAAUUCCAGGGUUUUACUUCAAAACCAAUUAGUCCCUCAAGCACUUUAAAUGAGUUUAUCUAUAAAUGCUUUAAAAAUUUGGUUGCUCCAGUUUAGAUUUCAGAAUUUUACAACUCAAUAUACUUAGAAUUUUACUCAAAUAAUAAUAUCUAUAAUAUUUAGGCUUCAAACCAAAUACCUAAGUUUAUUAUAGGAAUCGAUUAAGUGUCCAAGAAUCAUAAAUUAUAUUUUUAUUUAUUGAAGCUAAAUUCAAUUACAUGUUAAAAUUGCAGUGAAGGAGUCUUCAAAAUUACAAACAUAGAUGAAGUUCAAAAUACUACUUUGAUUUAAUUCAAAUCAAUAAGUGUAUCUGAUAAUAUGUGUGGAGAAUUGGGCUGCCUAUUUUUAAGUAAUUCAGAUAAAAGUCAAUUGAACUUAUUUUCUUCAAAUUCAAACCAUAGACAAUUAGCAGAUGCAUCCUAAUUAAGUGAAUUAAUGCUUUUAGAAAUAAAAAUACAAGAUAGUAAAUUUGAUAACAACUAAGCUCUGUUUGGAGGAGCCAUGUUAAUAUCAGGAGUAAGUACAAAUAUCAAUAAUUGUUAAUUUACAAACAAUUAUGCUAAUAACACUGGAGGAAGUAUAUACUAUGAUUACAAAAUGAAUACAGAGUUAUUAAUAUUCAAUUCUUUAUUUGCAGACAAUCAAGCAAGCAUUGGUGGAGCAGUCUUUUUAGGGAAUUAUUCUAUUAACUCACCAUCCAUUUAAAACAAUGCAUUUUUCAACAAUAAAGCAUUCAUUUUUGGGGAAAAUCAAGCCGAUCAACCAGUUCGACUAGUAUUAUAAAUUGGAGAGAAAAUUUUAGAAACCACUAAUGUUAUUUCGGAUAAAAAUAAUAUCACAGAUAUUGUGAAAAUCGAUUCAUAUUAAAUUGGAAAGGCUAAUUAUGAAUAUAUUAUGAUUCCUAGUGGUUAAAAAAUAAUUGAAUAUUAAAUAUUUGAUGAGACACAAUAAGAGUUUAUUCCUUAUAAUUUUACAUUCAGAAUCCUUGCAAUUAAUAAGGAAAAUGGGCCAGUAAAAGUAUUGGAUGGCAGCAAAUGUACAAUAUAAGGAAGAUAAGUUUUAAAUCAAGUAUAUGGAGAAUUUUAUACGAAUUAUACAAAUUUUCCAGAAAUUUAGUUUAAUUCAACCAGCCAAGAUUAUAAUUUAGAUUAAUUGGUUGUAACAUUUUAACCUGAGCUAAAUGCUUUGGGAUUCCUUUAAUUAGAAAUUAUGUGUGAUUCAGUAAAAAUACCUCAGUUUUCUAAAGAUCCACCAUAUAAAUUCUAGAAUUUUUUUACAAAUUACAGGUUACGGAUAAAUUUAUAAACAUUUUAAUGCUAAAGAGGAGAGUAUAAGACAGAUGAUGGAAAAUGUAAGCUAUGCGAUUCCACUUCAGAUUAAUAUACUGUAAUUGCUGGUGAAAGAUGUCAGAUCAAAGAUUAAAUUAAAAUGGAUAAGGUAACUCCAGCAAGAAUUAUGCUGAGGCCAGAAUAUUGGAGACCAUCUGAAAGUAAUGAAAGGAUUGAAUAUUGUCUGAAUAUGCCUUAAAAUUGUGUUGGAGGUUGGGACCCUGGAGAUGGUUUAUGUGAUCUGGCUCAUGUUGGAGCACUUUGUGAAUAAUGCGAUAUUUAUAAUAUAAGAGGUUAAGGAUCCUACUCAAUUAGUUCAUAGUAUAAAUGUGGAAGUUGUACUGAUAUUGGAGACAACACAAUAAAGAUUGUAUUAAUUAGCGUAUGGACCAUGAUUUCUAUAUUCUUAUCAGUUAAAGGAACAAUCCAAGGAGUAGAAAAAAUGGUAGCACAGAGAAAAUUGUACACAAUGAAAUAAUUUCAGCUUGAUUCAAAAGCAGGACAUGGAGGAGUUUUAAUUAAAGUGCUAACAAAUUACCUCUAGAUAAUAGGAGCUGUAGCCUUGUUUCAACUCAAACUACCAAGUGCUUUACAAUCUACAAUAAGAUCAGUUGGUAAUCCUGUUGAAGCUAUGAGCUAUUCUUUGGAUUGCUUUUUGGCUAAUAUUACAGAUAUCAAUAUCAUAUAUUUUAGAAUGAUCUGGGCUUUGAUAAUGCCUAUCCUUUAUAUUUUCACAUUUCUCUUGAUAUAUAUCUUAGCUGUGCUAUUUCAUAUCACUUAAUCUAAUAAAAGUGCUAUAACUACAACAGCAAUUUACUUAUUCACUUACUUAUAGCCCACACUACUAGGUGGUUUCAUUUCCUUAUUAUCUUUUCGUAAUAUAUCUGGAAUCUAUUGGGUUCAGGGUAAUGUAGCCUAUAAAUAUUUCACUUCACAACACAUUAAGUGGAUUACAGGAUUUGUUCUGCCAUUCUCUUUGAUCUUAGGAUUGUUCAUUCCAAUAUAUAUGCUUUUGGGAUUGUAUAGAUAAAGAUUUAAAUUAGAGGAUGAAAAUACUAGAAAAAAUUGGGGUUAUUUAUAUAACGAAUAUCAACAUAAUGCUUAUUUUUGGGAGAUAAUCAAGAUAUUUUAGAAAGGAUUUAUGAUCAUUUUUUUAACAUUUUAUGAAGAUUAAAUUAUCAUCAAAGGAGCCUUGAUAUUUAUGAUAGUGUUUAUUUAUUAGAUCUUUACGAAGAAAUUUAGACCAUAUAAAUUACGAUAAUUGAAUCUCCUGGAUGAAGCCUUGACUUUGGUUUGUGGUGCUUCCAUUGUUAUGGGAAUGACUAUCUAUUAAGCUAACAAAUCAGACAACCAAGAGAUAAUAUGGCCAUUUUAUAUAUUAUUAAUUGCGAUAAAUGGAAUCUUUAUUUUUAUACUUAUUUGGGAAAUCUUAUGGGCUCAAUUAGAGGAUCAUCAAGACAAAUUGGAUAAAAUAAGGGAUAAAAUCAAUAUGAAAUUCCCUGGCUUAAUAAAGAAGAAUGUCUUUUUUAACAGACUUUUAACGAAUAGAGCUCAAUAAUAAAGAUAAAUUAAGAGAAGAUUCUAAAAAAUCAAAGCUUAUUUGUUUAACAUCAUUCGUCAACAUCCCGGAUUGUAUAGUUAGCCAAUUCCUAUAAGUUCAAGUAAAGGUGAAGACAAAUUUUCGUCAUCUUCCGAAAUUAUAUUUUAUAAUGAUUUUCCUGGAUAUCCGAAAACAACUAACAAAAUUUAUCCAGCCUAACCUUAAAGUUAUCACAGUUAAACAUCCCUUAAAUAAAGCGAGGAUUUCUAGUAGAAGGAAAAUUGA